AUGUCGGGCCCUCCUUCGCGCAUCCGCUCCAUCCUCAACCACCUCCUCCCCUCCUCCCCGGAUCCUCCUCACAUCCACCACCUAUCACCGACCUUCUUUCUGGAGCGCGCCGCCGCCGUUGAGCCCAACGCCGAUGCCAUCCUCCACAUCACUGCUGCCGGGGCCACCGUCCGCCGCUCCUAUCGCGAGUUUGCCGCGCGGGCCAUUGGCCUCGCCUACUUCCUGAAGAAACAUGGCCUAAAACGGGUCGGUAUCCUCGCGCCAAACACGCCCGCCUUCCUGGAGUCCAUCUACGGCAUCGUGGCAGGCGGCGGUGUCAUCGUGCCUGCCAACUAUCGGCUCAAGGAGGACGAUGUGGCUUACAUCUUUGAGUUUGCCGAAGUGGACUGCAUCAUUGUCGACCAAGAGUUUGAGGGCCUGCUGGCGGCUUACACCAAGAAGCAUCCCAACACGCGCCUCAUCGUUGACCUGGACACGGACAAGACAGACGGCCCUGGAUGCGGCCCAUUCAACGAAGCCGUUCUGGAGGGUCAGGCGUACGACAGGGAAAACGGCAGCCAAGGAUGGGUCAAUCUGCAGUCCAAGGCCACAAACGAGGACGACAUGCUCGCCAUCCCCUUUACAUCCGGCACCACCUCCCGACCCAAAGGCGUCGUCUACACCCAUCGCGGCGCAUACCUCGCAGCAGUCGGGAACAUCAUUGAGUCUGGUCUUAACGUCGGCCACUGCAAGUAUCUGUGGACGCUGCCCAUGUUCCACGCCAUAGGGUGGACGUUCCCGUGGUCCGUCGUGGCCGUGCGAGGCGUCAACGUGUGUCUUCGAAAGAUUGACUACCCCCUCAUCUGGAAGCUCUUGAAGGAGGAGGGCAUCACGCACUUCAACGCAGCACCAACCGUCAAUACACUGCUCGUCGCAGCCAAGGAAGCGGAGAAGUUGCCGCGGCCUGUGCAGGUCACGGUCGCUGCGAGUCCUCCCAGCGGUCACCUCUUUGAGCAGAUGACGAACCUCAAUUUGAUGCCCGUGCACGUCUACGGCAUGACAGAAACCUACGGCCCCAUAACAAAGUGCUACCAUCUUCCCGAGUGGGACAACCUCAAGCCCCAGGACAAGUACGCGAAGAUGGCACGACAGGGCCACGGGUUCAUCACCAGUCUGCCCAUCCGCAUCAUCAAGCCAGACCAACCUGAGGGCGUCCUCAUCGACGUGGCCAAGGACGGACGCGAGAUCGGCGAGAUUGUCUUCUUUGGAAACAUCUGCGCAAAGGGCUACUACAAGGACGAGGAGGCGACGCGCAAGCUAUUUGCAGGCGGUGGCCUGCAUUCUGGCGACCUGGCUGUCUGGCACCCGGACGGUAGCGCGCAGAUCCUUGACCGGUCCAAGGACAUCAUCAUCUCGGGCGGCGAGAACAUCUCGUCCGUCGCGCUCGAGAACAUGCUCGUGCAGCAUCCGGACAUCCUCGAAGCGGGUGUGGUGGCCGUGCCGGAUUCGCACUGGGGAGAGCGACCGAAGGCGUUCAUCACGGUCAAGGAGGGAAACAGCGUCCAAGGCGAAGACGUCAUCCAGUGGGCCAGGAAUCAGAGCAACAUCAGCAAGUUCAUGAUACCCCGCGAGGUCGAGGUGGUCCCGGAGCUGCCCAAGACGAGCACGGGCAAGAUCAAGAAGAAUGACCUGCGAGAGUGGGCCAAGAGUGGUCGCAAGGCGUAG